UGUAAAAACAGGAGAAAAGAAAAUAUCAAUCCAGAGAGAAGACUCCGAGGAAGAAGAGGAACUGAAGGAGGAGUAACAGUACGAAGAUGUUAACUUCAAUGCCUCAUCAUAACCUAACCCUCCUCGGCUUCUCUCCUCUAAAGUCUUCCUCUUUCGCUCUCUUCCUCCGACCCUUUUCUCUCUACCCAAUCCUCGCCUCUUCUCCUCCUCCCUCUUCUCCUCGCCGUCCUCGCGCCGCCGGUUACCGUCGCAGCGACCCUUCUCCUCGCUUCCCUCCGCGACGAAAGUGGAGCAGCUUCGAGGAGGAGAAGAGUAGGCAGAGGAAAGGCAUGUCGUCUUCUUCAGAUUCCUUCGAGUUUAACAAGAGGAGAGCUGAGGGAAAGGAUAAGAUCGAUAAGCCUAAGAAGAGUCUCAAGAGGAACACUCGCACGCUUAAUCCCACCAACACCAUUGCCUAUGUCCAGAUACUUGGAACGGGGAUGGAUACACAGGACACGUCACCUUCUGUAUUACUCUUCUUUGACAAACAAAGAUUCAUCUUUAAUGCUGGAGAGGGCUUGCAACGUUUCUGUACAGAACAUAAAAUUAAGUUAUCAAAGGUGGAUCAUAUAUUUUUAUCUCGUGUGUGCUCAGAGACAGCAGGUGGACUUCCAGGUCUUCUACUGACUCUAGCUGGUAUUGGUGAAGAUGGUUUAUCCGUGAACGUAUGGGGUCCUUCAGAUCUCAAGUACUUAGUUGAUGCUAUGAGGUCAUUCAUCCCUCGUGCAGCAAUGGUUCACACACGAAGUUUUGGCCCAUCUGACUCCACUCCUCAGAUUAGCUCGAGUAAAGCCAAGGAUGAUCCCUUUGUUCUUGUUAAUGACGAAGUUGUGAAAAUCUCCGCUAUUCUCCUUGAACCAGGAAGCAAAUCUGGCGAAACGUCGGUUGUGUAUGUUUGUGAGUUACCUGAAAUCAACGGAAAAUUCGAUCCGGCCAAGGCCAUGGCUCUUGGGCUCAGAGCUGGUCCAAAAUACGGUAAACUCCAGUCUGGACAGUCGGUGAAGUCAGAUUUCAAAGAUAUCACGGUUCAUCCGAGUGAUGUGAUGGGACCUUCGGUUCCUGGUCCUGUUGUUUUGCUUGUGGACUGUCCUACAGAGUCACACGCCGAGGAACUGCUAUCUACUCCAUCGAUGAAGAGUUAUUAUUCAACAGAUGGGGAUAAGUUUGUUAAUUGUAUUAUACAUUUGAGUCCAGCUUCUGUGACGAAUAGUGCGACUUACCAGAGCUGGAUGAAGAGGUUUCAUUCUGCUCAGCACAUUCUCGCUGGACAUGAGACGAAGAAUAUGGAGUUUCCGAUCUUGAAAGCCAGUUCUAGAAUCACAGCUAGACUCCACUAUCUAUGCCCACAGUUCUUUCCAGCUCCUGGCUUUUGGUCUCCUCAACAUGCUAAUGACUCGACAAAUCCAGAUUCUUUUAGUAAGUGCUUUGGUUCAAGUCUUGGUGAAAACGUUUCAGCUGAAAAUCUUCUCAAGUUCACUCUGCGUCCACAUCUCAACCUCGGGAUAGACAGAUCUUGUAUCCCUAGUCAAUUAACUUCCUCGCGUGUAAUAGACGAGCUACUCUCAGAGAUUCCUGAGAUCAGCUCCAAGACCGAAGAAGUCAAACGGUUAUGGAACGGACCACACAACAACAAGAUGAUGAUCGAAGAGCCGUGGCUGAACGAGAGCACUGUCCCAAGCUGUCUCGAAAACAUCAGACGAGACGACAUGGAGAUAGUCCUUUUAGGCACCGGUUCAUCCCAACCUUCAAGAUACAGAAACGUCAGUGCGGUUUACAUCGACCUAUUCUCUAGAGGUAGCAUUCUCUUGGACUGCGGGGAAGGUACUUUGGGCCAGCUUAAACGAAGAUACGGUUUACAAGGAGCUGAUGAAGCGGUUAAAAAAUUGAAAUGUAUAUGGAUCUCUCACAUCCAUGCUGAUCACCAUACGGGGCUUGCUAGGAUCCUUGCUCGUAGACGUGAGCUUUUGAAAGGAGGGGCUCAUGAGCCGGUGAUUGUGGUUGGACCGAGACCGCUUAAAAACUUCCUCGAUGCGUAUCAAAGACUUGAGGAUUUGGAUAUGGAGUUUCUUGAUUGUAGGAACACCACUUCAACUUCUUGGGCUUCUCUAGAAACCACCAGCCCUGAGAAAACUACCAGCAACGGUAGUGCAGAAGGUUCUUUGUUUAGUAAAGGAAGUCCAAUGCAGAGUAUAUAUAAAAGACCGAGUAGCCCUUUAACAGACAAUGCUUCAGCUUUACCGUAUUUGAAGAAACUGAAAAGGGUUCUAGGAGAAAUGGGUUUAGAGGAUUUGAUUAGUUUUCCUGUUGUGCAUUGCCCUCAAGCCUUUGGGGUUGUUUUAAAAGCAGCAGAGAGAAAGAACAUGGCCGGAGAUAAGAUUCCGGGUUGGAAAACUGUUUACUCAGGCGACACAAGGCCUUGUCCUCAGAUGGUUGAAGCUUCAAAAGGAGCAACUGUUCUUAUACAUGAGGCCACGUUUGAGGAUGCGUUGGUAGAAGAAGCUGUUGCAAAGAACCAUAGCACGACUAAAGAAGCAAUCGACGUUGGAUCUUCGGCAGGAGUGUACCGGAUCAUACUGACUCAUUUUAGCCAGAGGUAUCCGAAGAUUCCUGUGAUUGAGGAGUCUCAUAUGCACAACACAUGCAUUGGUUUCGACAUGAUGAGUAUAAACAUGGCGGAUUUGCAUGUGCUUCCAAAGAUUGUUCCUUACUUCAAAAACCUGUUCAGAAACGUGGUGGUUGAUGAUGAAGAUGAUGAAGGAGAAGAAGAGAGUGAUGAUGGUUUGAUGAUGAGUGUCAACAAAGUCUCAAGCUUUUUCCGCAAUUAGAAUGUUUGUUUAUUUAGUUUUUGGUGUUUGCUUUGUUAUUUUUGAUUCGAAUUAAUUGAAUUUUUCUUGUAGCAGAAAUAAAUAGAAAUUAAUUUAUAAAAUGUGAAUGUGAAAGCUUCUU